AUGCAAUGUCGCAGCCGCGACCGAAGCCGGAGCCCCCGCAAAGCGGCGCGCGCAACUGAGACCUGCUGCGUGCUGGAGGCCAGCAAGGAUGCGCACAGAUGGGCAGCUUAUGAGUGCCACUUUGCAAAGACCACUUUUAGGUCAGAGGCGAGUCAGGUGCGGACUCGCGUGAUUGCGAGCCAUGGGCAGUGCCGCACCUUCAUCCUGUGCGAGAAAGGACAGGUGCCGAAGAACAUUCUAAAGGCCAAGGAUAGGAAGGAGUUGGUGCUGGCAGCAAUGACUGUCAGAAUGAAUCCUUAUGCGAAGUUCGCGAAGAUGUGGGCGCAGGUCCUGCACAUGAGUGCCUGGGAGGAGCGCCAAGGCCACGGCAGUAAGUUGGUUACGGCUGUAGAGGAGCUUUUACGCCAGGAAGGUGUUGAUGUCAUUGUUUCUUACCCCGCGCCAACCCAACAAGCUGAAAGCUUCUGGAAGAAAAUGGGAUAUGUGAGUCAGGAUCCGAGCCUUCUGCCUGAUGAAGAGCUGAUUCCGAGAUGGAGAGGUGGCCCCCUGUGGCCAGAGCAAAGCCUAUCCGGGGAGGCCUUGGAGCAGUGGGAGAAGAGGCUGUCGGUCGGCGCGCUGCAGCCCCGGGAAGAAGCCAUCCGGACGAGACCAGGUGGCGAUGGUCGCAGGUAUCGCGAGUUGGUCUGGAGACCCAAGGAUCUGCGGAAGAGGCAGGCUUCGGAGGUCAUCAUGAGUGCUGAGGAGUUGCAGAAAUUAAUGGCGGCCCCAUCGGCCCCGGAUGCUGUUGCCCGUGAGGACAUCAAAAAGUCAGAGGCGAGUCAGGUGCGGACUCGCGUGAUUGCGAGCCAUGGGCAGUGCCGCACCUUCAUCCUGUGCGAGAAAGGACAGGUGCCGAAGAACAUUCUAAAGGCCAAGGAUAGGAAGGAGUUGGUGCUGGCAGCAAUGACUGUCAGAAUGAAUCCUUAUGCGAAGUUCGCGAAGCGAAGAUGUGGGCACGGCAGCAAGUUGGUUACGGCUGUAGAGGAGCUUUUACGCCAGGAAGGUGUUGAUGUCAUUGUUUCUUACCCCGCGCCAACCCAACAAGCUGAAAGCUUCUGGAAGAAAAUGGGAUAUGUGAGUCAGGAUCGGAGCCUUCUGCCUGAUGAAGAGCUGAUUCCGAGAUGGAGAGGUGGCCCCCUGUGGCCAGAGCAAAGCCUAUCCGGGGAGGCCUUGGAGCAGUGGGAGAAGAGGCUGUCGGUCGGCGCGCUGCAACCCCGGGAAGAAGCCAUCCGGACGAGACCAGGUGGCGAUGGUCGCAGGUAUCGCGAGUUGGUCUGGAGACCCAAGGAUCUGCGGAAGAGGCAGGCUUCGGAGGUCAUCAUGAGUGCUGAGGAGUUGCAGAAAUUAAUGGCGGCCCCAUCGGCCCCGGUCCGUCCGGAUGCCGCAGGGCGUGUGCCCUUUGCGGACCUGGCCUUCGACGUCACGGCGGGCCCGGAUACCCACAGCCGGUUCCUUGCCCACCGUGUGGUCGUUGGGGCACAGAGUCCUGUUCUUCUGAAGGAGCUGGAGAGCCUACCCUUGGUGGAGUUGCCGCAGGAAGGCAUCACAGCGUCCAUCUUCAAGGUGGACCGCCGGAUCUCCAAAGAUGUGUGGAGAAGUGUGCUCCAGUUCUUCUACACUGGUGUGGUGCACUGCCCCUUUGCCAAAGAUCCUGCCAAGCUGGUGGAGCUCUUUCGCGCUGCUGCCAUCUACAAGUUGCCCAAGGCACUUCUGGACUUGGCACAAGCUGCACUCUUCCCUCUGCUGCCUUCCAGCCCAACAAGUUUAGCUCUCGAAGUCUUCUCCAUCAGCGCGGGUACCAGUGGCGAAGGCGUGGAUGUCUCGUCACUGCGCGAGGCGUCGACGUUUGUGCUCUUGAGCCAUGCCCCGCAAGUGUUUGCUGACCUGCCGCCAGAGACUGUGUCGGGCGUUCUGGAGCGGCUUCUAGCGACCUCUGAGCAGGGGAUCUUUGCGGCACAGCAGGAGAAGAGGUCAUAA